GGAAGCCAAGAAAGCGGUUUCUAAGCAACCAAUGAGUAUGAAUCUCGGAAAUUGUUAUGAUCUCAUGUACAAUCUUGAUGGUUAUUAUUAUGGGAUGAACAAUUUUGCAUACGAUCUUGCUUACUAUCCCUAUCAUAGACUCUAUCAAAGUUGGUAUGAUUUUUACAACACUUAUCCAUACCAGACUUCUUAUAAUUACGGAAACACACCAGAUAGUAGCAAACCUUUCUAUACAUAUAAGAAUACCACCCCUAUUGUUGUGAAGAAAAAGACAAAUGUCAAAGAUGGUGAUGAUUCUGAAGUAGCAAAACAGAAUGCAAGCUUAUUUUCUGGGAAAGGAGAAACGAAAAAUGCCCAUUUAAGGUCAGGGGAGUCAAAUGAUGAUGAAAGCGUUGGGAAAGAUGUAUUACUAAAUGGUGAGAGUGAAGGUUUGAAUUCGUGUUACAAUGGUGAGAUUGAUCGUGGCUAUGCAGAGGCUAUUGAAGCUUUGAGUCUGUAUGAUGAUGGAUCAGAUAAACAAGUGGGAGCGGAUGGACAGCCCUCUUUAUGUACAGCUGUUUUGUGAUUAUAUCGACCAAGUUUCCGGAAAGGUGGAUCCAAGUUGACUUCUUAUGCCGCCUAACAUUCUCUAUCGUACAAAGUUCUACACGUACCAUGAC